AGCCGGACAGACUGUAGGUAGCACAUGGACCUUGUUUACCUCCUGAACAACAGCUCCCAACGCCCCUCUGAUUUAUUGUCUGCUGGCUGUUUACAGUCCCCGCCUGGUUUGCGCUGGCUGAUCCACUGGAAAAGAGCCAGUCUCCAAAUUUACCUUUUUUUCCCCCCAAAAAAUGAAUUUCGACCAGAUCCUCUCUGCCAUCGGAGGCUUCGGCAGGUAUCAGAAGAUCUUGUACAUAUGGAUUUGUUUACCCCAGAUCCUGCUCGCUUUCCACAUGAUGGUGAGCAUCUUCACCGGAUCCACGCCGCCACACCACUGCCGAGACAGCUCGAUCUCAGUGGCCGGGAAUCAGUCCUCCUCCCCGGGUACACUCAGCCUCAACCUGAGCCUCUCGGAUUCUUCUUGUUUCUCAGCCGAAGUCCAGCUGCAGGACAACCGGACUGAGCGCGUCCCAUGUGGACGCGGAUGGGUCUACAGCACGGACACCUUCCAGAGUACUACAGUCACCGAGUGGGACCUGGUGUGUGACAAAGCUGGACUCAACAGUCUGGGUUCGUCUAUCUACAUGUUUGGUCUGUUGGUGGGAUCUUUGCUGUUUGGAGCCAUGGCUGACAGGUACGGCCGGCGUUUCAUCCUGCUGCUGUCCAUCGCUCUGCAGACUGUGUUCGGAGUCGCUGUGGCCUUUGCACCCAACUUUACCGUCUAUGUGAUUCUUCGCUUUGCAGUUGGCACGACGAUAUCCGGAGUCAUCAUCAAUGCCUUUGUACUUGGCACUGAGUGGACGUGCACCAAGAGGCGCAUGCUAGCCGGUAUCACCACCGACUAUGCGUUUGGUCUGGGCUACAUGCUUCUAGCAGGUGUGGCCUACUUGAUACGAGACUGGAGAAAGUUGCAACUUGCCAUAUCAGCCCCAGGCUUCCUGCUCAUCUUCUAUAUAUGGGUGCUUCCUCAGUCUGCCAGAUGGUUGUUGGCCAACAACAGGAGGGAGGAAGCCAUCGCUCUCCUCCGCAAGGCAGCACUAGUUAACGGCCGGGUCUUACCUCCUGCUGUACAGGUGGAGAAGUGUCAGAUUUUAGGUGGAGGGAAGCAAAGUUUCUCAGUGGUGGAUCUGGUACGAACACCUCAGAUGAGGAAGAGGGCCUUCAUCUUGUUCUACAUCUGGUUUGUGAAUGUGCUGGUGUAUUACGGCCUCUCACUGGGUGUCUCCCGGUUAGGGACAAACCUCUACUUGACCCAGUUCGUGUUCGGGUUGGUUGAGAUCCCGGCUCGUUCUCUCGUCCUGCUCGUUCUGCCCUUCAGUCGCAGACUGUCCCAAAGUGGAUUUCUGGCUGUAGGAGGCCUCGCCUGUCUGCUCAUGCUCGCUGUCCCUUCAGAUUAUCCCAGUGUCCUGACUGGUCUUGCCAUGGUCGGGAAGUUUGGUAUAACAGCUUCCUUUGCUGUAAUCUACGUGUACACGGCUGAGAUAUUCCCCACUGUUCUUCGGCAAACAGGAAUAGGUGUUUCCUGUAUGUUUGCGAGGAUGGGCGGUGUGUUAGCUCCUGUUAUAAACAUGGUUCAUAACCACAGCCCCACCACGCCGCUGCUCAUCUUCGGUGCCUCCCCGCUGCUGGGAGCGCUCCUCGCCAUGGCGCUGCCUGAAACAGCUGACAGACCUCUACCGGACACAGUGGAGGACGUGGAGAACUGGGACUUGAGCUCGCCUCUCAAAGAGCAGAACCAGAUGUCUGAAGGUCUGAGCCAAUCAGCCAGCAGCACAGGGGAGCAGGAGCUACAGCACCUAGCGAGCCAGGCCUAACGGGGAGGAAAAGGCUGCACAUGUUCCAGUAUUCACUUAUUAUACUGCCUCAACUUUGUUACCAGUUCUCAUCUCUGACAUGAUAUCCUCUAUGCCAGCUGUUCUCAACCUUUGGGUCCCGACCCCAAUUGGGGUCGCGAGAUGAUUUCUGGGGGUCGCCAAAUCAUUUUGGA